AGAAGCUUCAGAGAAGUUGGUGAAAAUCAAUAAAUAUGCAACAGUUUAGGAGAAAUAUCUGCCUUUUAAAUACUGUCUUGAGAAAAGGGAGUCACCAUGACAUUUUCAGUCAGAAAAUACAAAUGACUGCGCGGGUAUGUGGGUCAAAUUUUGGGACAAGUACCGCCAGUGCAUCGUUGAAGGGCUGUGCAUCUCGACUAUUUAAUCAAAGUCCCAUUCUAAACAUUAGACCUUGCACACUUCAUAGUGUAAGAUGUUUACAUGUCAUAAAUGGUGCUUACACAUCCCAAGACACUGUUGCCUGCAACAAUCCAUUUUCAUCAUUCUUGGAUAGAAUAAAUACCCAUACUGUCAACAUUAACAGAAGACAAUUUACAACUUCAGUGCUCUUGUUGUCUGAGAAAAAAUUAACCGAAGAGAAGAGUUCAGAGAACUUAACUAAAGAAGAUGUCUCAAACCAGGAGACCGGCACGAACUCUGAAAAUGUCGAAGCUCAACUUACACAACGACAGAAACUUAAGAGGGCGGUGAAAGAAUAUGGCCCAGUGGUCAUCAUUUUCCACAUAUGCAUUGCGUUGAUGUCCCUGGGAUUCUUCUAUUCCUUGGUGUCUGUCGGCGUUGAUGUCGUAGGAAUUCUCAGAAAAUUGGGUGUCUCUGAGGAGAUUUUGGAAUCGGCCCUUGCAGCAGGGGCCAGUACGUUUGUUAUUGCUUAUGCAGUGCACAAGAUGUUUGCUGUUCCACGUAUUGGGAUCACUUUGACCUGCGCCCCCAUUAUCGUUCGCAAGCUUCGGAAGGUCGGAAUUUUCAAGCCCCCAAAGCCAACCAUUAAAAAAUAAUGUGAACAAUAGCACUAUGACUUCACAUGGAAAUUGAUAUGUGACUGUUUGGUAAUGAUAUUUAAAGAACUUGAACUUGAAAAAAAAGUAAUUUAUUGUGUAUGAUUAUAUUAUUUAUAUAAAGCAUAUGACAAGUGUUGUGUAAUAUA